AUGAAUGAUAUUACAAUUAAACAAUUAACAAAACGAGUUCAAACACUUGAAUUAAAACUAAGUACAACUAAAAAUGAUUCAAUAACAUCUCAAUUGAAUCAAUUAAAUAACAAAUUGGCUAACUUGUAUAAAGAACAUCCAGAAUUAACUAAAUUGAAUAAAUUAAUCACAGAUUUGAAAUUAUGGAAUCACUUGCAAAAAAGAGAUGACGAGGAGUUGAAAUUAAAGAAAGAAGAGAUUUUAUUAAAUUAUUCAAAAUAUCUAAAUAUAAUUUCUCAAUUGAAUGAAAUUAAUAAAUUUGAUCAUGUUAAUCUAUUCAAGAAUAUAAAUAACCUUAUAAAAUCUACUAAUAUUGAAAAUAAUCAAAGUAUUUUAGAAUCUAGGAUGGUUCAAAUUAAACAAUUAGAGGAGUAUUAUAGUUUGAUUUUGGUUAAAUGUAUGAUUGUUUAUGAAAGAUAUGUGAAAUUGACCUUGGCUGAGAAUCAAUAUUGGUUGGAUGUUAAUAAACAAAUUAUGGAGAUGAGUCAGAAAAUUAAUAAGAUUGAAUCAAGACAAAUGGAAAAGAGUAGGUAUUGA